GGUCAGCCCUUUGACCGACACUACAACGAGCCUGAGUGCUGCUUGAGAGUCUCGAUAGAAAUGCCUGCGCCAACCCCACAAUUGGCUCUCACAUCCUCUGUACCUUCGAGCAGGAAACCUCCGUACAAGAAAAGAAAGCUCAGCCACACCCAAUCGUCCACGCGCCACGACACAGGCCCAUGUCACUCGAAGGCAGAACAAUGUUCUACAACCCCAAAUGCACAUAAAGCCUCGAACUUGUCAUGCUCGUCAUGCCACCGCGUGUUAUCUGCAUCGAUGAGGUUUGGUGCAGGCGUAACUUGUGCAAGGUGUGGAUCAGCUGUAUGUGCCGUCUGUGCUCGCACAUGCUCCUCGAUGUUACAACAAUCCUCGUUCCCGCCAACACCGGCAUUAACGCGCAGUCCCUCUCUGUCGGGAUCGCCAUCACCGUCACCUUCCGGAUCUCCCAAACGAGCCGCAUUAAGCCUGAGCAUCUCUACCAUGAACUGCGAUGUCCACCUUUCUCCAUCUUCUGGCAAGCGCAAGAAACUUUCAGAAAAGGAUGAUGUUGAUUUAGACCAUCCUUCGAAAUCUCGAGGCACGCUUUUCGGGCUAGGCGACGGAGCUCUCCUUGUUUCUGGAUGCGGACGACCUAUCUGCAGGACGUGCUGCGUGGAGUGUGUUCAAAAUGAUGGGACUCUUUGUGUGGAUUGUUACGCCGUUAUUUGAAAACGUGCUCUAGAAUGGGGAACAAUCUAAUCAGGAACCUCUCACGCUCUCCGGAGGACCCAUUCAAGCGUAUCGAUAUAAUUUGCAUUGCCAAUGCUUUGCUUGCUUUCUUUGCUACUCGUAUUAUUACACACCACAUGAUUCCUCAUAUUGUAUACUAUGCACUCAUUACCCUAUGUUCUCAAGAAUUCAUACACUAGAUGGAGCACGGAGACAACACCCAGCGAAGCUUUGUAAUGUUGCUUACGAAUUUAA